AGUGAGCGGCCGGGUGCAGGAGAGGAGGGGAAGUUUGGAGAGAGACUUGGAGAGCAUGGGACAAAGGAGGACUGAAAAGUCGUGUGUCAUGCAAGUGCUCGAUGGAAAAAUAAAACCAGUUUUUACAUCAGAACACCGUUAUCCAGCUGACAUGGAGGUGGAGCAGCUCCUGUCUCUGUCCGGCCCUGCACUGGCCCAGGCUGUCAGCUCUCUGCUGGAGACGCCUGGUCUCUACGUUUUCUCCGACAUCCUGGAGCUGCCCAACGUCAGAGAGCUGGAGAACAGCCCUCACGCACCCAUGUACCAGCUCCUCAACCUCUUCGCCUAUGGAACCUACUGUGACUACAAAGAGAGAGAGGCCUCUCUCCCAGAGUUGACCCCCGCCCAGAGAAACAAACUUCGCCAUCUGUCCAUCAUCAGCUUGGCUUCCAACCUCAAGGGUCAGGAUAAAGGUGAGUGUUUGUUGCCCCCUCAGUGUCUGCCGUACUCGCUGUUGCUGCAGCAGCUGGAGCUGAAGAACGUGCGCGAAUUAGAGGACCUGCUCAUUGAGGCCGUCUACUGCGACAUCAUCCAGGGCAAGCUGGACCAGCGGAACCAGCAGGUGGAGGUGGACUGCAGCGUGGGUCGCGACCUCGGCCCCAACGAGCUCCCUAACAUCGUUAACACGCUGCAGGAGUGGUGCACAGGCUGCGAGGCGGUGCUGUGCGGCAUCGAAGAGCAAGUCUCUCGGGCAAACCAGUACAGAGAGAGCCAGCUGAAAGUCAAAGUUCAAGUGGAAACCGAGGUGUCAAACUUACAGAAAACACUGAAAGCCAGUGCCGCCUCACCAUCUUCAGGCCCUGCCCCCGCCGGCGCAGCAUCCAAUCAGGAUGCGGACCAGCCAGCCGAACCGCGGGAUCCCGCCUCCUCUCAGGAACCGCGACAGCCGGGCAAAAAAAGUUCUAAAGUGAAAGGCCAGCUGCUGCUGUAAGUGGCUGUCAGGGUUGUUGUGGUCCGCCCCCAUUACCGGCUUCCAACUGCACAUCUGUCCAUGGAUUGUCAAAUGCCACCUGAACCACCCUGCACGCAUCAAGCAAUCCUCUCCGUCCACAUUGUUUCCUGCCCGACAGGACAAAGCCCUGAUUUUAUGGCCACAUUUUGUCUGAACCCCCUCUUGUACGGACUUGGAAGAAGAUGUUUUUGAAAUCCCAAUUAAUGAUAGCUUAACCUCAAUCCUGGAAUUAAAGAGUUCUGACACCCAUCUUUAAAAAGCUGCGGAAAGGAUGUGACUAUGUGAGCGAGUCCUUGUCCAUAUCACCAAAUCAGCAUCCAGCCUUCCCCUCCUCCCCAUUAUUUGUUUUACAAAUAACCGAUGACAUCAU